UCGGUUGGAUAAAAAAAUCUAGCUGUCUCCUGCUAGUUUAUUCAACGUUACCUACCCAGCUUUAAAACUCUUAUUUGGUUGGGAUGCUAAUGUCUUGCUCUUAUAAAUUUAUACAGCGUAACAUAAUGGGACACCAAGGACUCUGAGAGCCCCAAAAGGUGAAAACUUCUACCAGCUCUUUGAGGAUGAAGUAGACGUUUUCCACAAUUCCUAAAGUGGUCGUAAAGCUGAACUCUGUGGUACUUCAAGGCUGUGGCUUUUUUCCAGACCACAGCUGAGGUGUCGACAGCAGCUGAAGUUGAUGUCAUUCGCCGAUUGAAACUUUGCCCUAACCAGUACAACGUGCCAAAACGAGGCUACUAUAAUCGAGCUCUAACCGGGGGCUCCUACAUCAACUCUGCAAUAUAUCCUCAGCAAGUGUGCAGACUGCAUGCCGCAGUCCGCUGCACCGUCUUUGUGUGUGUGUCGCUCUGCACCUCUCGCAAGGUUCCAUCUGAAAGAAGAAAGUGUAUGUGGCAGAUAGUGCGUGUGCAUCUGCAAACAUCUCUGUGUGUGUACAUGUGUCACCAUGAAGCACCAGUCUAUCUCCCGAUGGCUGAGCCAGCUGGGACUGCCGCAAUACUGCACAGUGUUGGAGCAGGAAUAUGAUGGUGUUGAGGACCUGCUCCACCUCUCAGAGUAUGACCUCUUGGAGCUCGGAGUCCACAAUCACCUCCACCGCCUACACCUUCUCACUUCUCUUUGCCUCCUCCAGGAGCGAGAGAGGAGGAGAGAGUUUAGGAUGAUGGCAGAGGGGCGUUUUGCCAGUCUGCCGAGGUCCCUCCAUGCACACCACACCCUGGGAAGAGGCACUGCACACCCUGGAGGCCCCUCCACCUCCCUUGGUGUCCCCAGCAGCAGCAGCACCUGCUCCUCCAGGAGGCUCCAGGCCUCCCUCACCACCUCCAUGGACCUCCUCAGCUCCAGACCUGGUCUCCCUCCAGGCAGCAGCCUAUCAGAGCUGCCCACUGCUGCCUACCAGCCAAUCUCCAUUCACGGAACUCUGCCUCGACGCAAGAGAGGAGGGGUCAACCUCACCCAUGGAAACUACACCUGGGACCCCAGAGCCAAUCACACGCAGCCGAUACUUUGUGGAAACACUUCACUGGCUCCUGGACACGUUCAUCAACCCAUGACCUCUCCACUGGUCCAAACUAUCAUUGAUGACUUUCAUGGUUACAGGGAGCCUGCUGCCAGCCUGGAUGCCACGGUGGACUAUGUUAAGUUCUCCAGAGAUCAGUUCAUCCUGGACUGCCCUUCAGAGAAACUUCGCAAAGAGCUGGAGGAAGAACUAAAGAUGAACUGCGAGGAGCCGAGAAGCCACGCAUGGUACCACGGAGCGAUACCCAGACAGGUUGCAGAAAACUUGGUGCAGCGUGACGGGGAUUUCCUGAUCCGUGAUUCGCUGUCCAGUCCAGGAAGUUAUGUUUUGACCUGUCAAUGGCGAAAUGCUGCCCAGCACUUUAAAAUCAACAAGAAGGUAGUGAUGUUGAACGAACCCUACUCCAGAGUCGAGUACCGGCUGGAAAGGGAAGGUUUUGACAAUGUCCCUGCACUUAUAAGAUACUACGUCGGCAACAGAAAACCUGUCUCCCAGGUGGUAGGAGCCAUUAUCUUCCAGCCAAUUAAUAGAGGGCUGCCGCUACGCUGCUUGGAAGAAAAGUACGGGUUGUCCGGCAAUCAUCGCGAGGCGGGGCUUAUGGCGCAGGAGAGGCGGAGUCAACAGCGCCUCAGCCUCAACAUUAGCAACGGACACACACACGACAACACGCACACCGUGCAUGACAGCACACACUGCCAGGACAACGGCAUGGGCCGAGGCAGCCACCUCAGGUUGAAGGAUCGCUGUGGCAGCCAACCAGCAAGUCUCAAUCAGGUCCAAGAGAGGCGACGCCCGCUCAAAGCGCACCAAUCAGAAAGCUACCUGCCUCUUAGAUCUAAACCGCAGCCCCAGCAGCCUCCUGACCCUCUCCGACCGAGCCCCAACCCCAAGUCUCCAGUCUUUCGCACGGGCAGUGAGCCGGCGCUGAGCCCCUCUGUCCCACGGAGAUCUGCAGAGCUUCUGGCAGGCCAGGCCAUCCGGGGCUCUGACAGCCAGCUGUGUCCUAAACCGCCUCCCAAACCCAGCAAGGUGCCGCUGGCUCGGCUGGCUCGACUGCCUCGCUCCCCCUGCUUUCAGCCACUGGUUCCCCCCUCCAGCUCCUCUAACCUCACAGACUCCACCUCCCCCAGGCUAACUGCACCUCCCCUGGACUCCACGUGUGUGGAAACUCUUGGUUCUGCAUGGAGGAGUGGAGCCACCACAGGCCCUCCUGUACCUCCAGUCAAACCCCUGAAGUUGCAACAUCAGCUCCUGCCUGCAGACUCUCACAGCUGCUCCAGCUCUGUAGCUUCACCUGCUGAACUGGUUCAGGAUUCAGAUUCAGAGGCAGAAACGGGAUGGACUGAACGCCUGCAGCCGAGCCCUGCAGACCUGAGGUCCUGCAGCCCGCUGGAGUGGGAGGAAUCAAAACAUAAACCCACCACAGACGCCGAGCUCCAACCUCAGCCUCCGCUCUGCAGCUACGUGGAGAGACUGAGGAGAGAGGGGGAGGGAGGGAGAGAGGAGGGGGAGGAGAAGGAGGCGGCAGGGAGGAGAGGACUGGACAGAAGCUCCUACCAUCACGCCAUCGCCGCCUUAGAAAACACCAGCGAGGAAGAGGAGGAGGAGGAGGUGGAAGACAAGAGGAGGGAAAGAAAGAGGAGCAGUUUCCAGCGGCCGGUCAUAGAGACGGAGUCGACGUUCCGGCCGGCAGAGUUCGGAUCUCGACUUCUGCCGCCGGAAAACAAACCGCUGGAGAUGGUGGUUCUGAAGAGAGCAAAGGAGCUGCUGCUCAGCCACAAUCACCACAGUAUAGCCAGACACCUGCUGAUGGCCGACUGCCAGGUUGCGAGGAUACUCGGAGUGACUCCAGAGCUUGAAGGUCAGAUGGGCGUGUCCUCCGGUCUGGAGCUGGUGACGCUGCCGCACGGUCGACAGCUGAGGCUGGACCUGAUGGAAAGGCACCACACCAUGGCGAUAGGUGUUGCCGUGGAUAUUCUGGGAUGCACAGGCAGCGUGGAAGAGCGGGCGUCCACCUUAAAUCGCAUCAUCCUGGUUGCAUUGGAGCUGAAGGACACGGUGGGCGACCUGUUUGCUUUCACGGCCCUGAUGAAAGCUCUGGACCUGCCGCAGAUCAGUCGUUUGGAGGAAACAUGGACGACUCUACGAAGGAACUACACACAGACCGCCAUCAGCUACGAGAAAACACUCAAACCUUUCUACAAGAAUCUGUAUGAGGGCACAGCUUCCUCUCCUCCCGUGGUCUGCAUCCCCCUCCUGAUGCCCCUCCUCACUUUGAUGGAGCGUCCAUCAAUCACACCAGAGGGGGUGGAGCUCUGGGAGACCAGCGACCAGGGCUGCGACAUCAUGCUGCGCCACCUAGAGGCUGCCCGUGACGUCGCACACAAUGCCCAGAGCCACACAGCCAACGCACAGACGAUCUUACAAGGGUUUCUGUGCGAUGAAGACCUGCUGGAGGUGUUUAAAACAGACUUUCAGCUGCGGCUGCUGUGGGGAAGCCGUGGAGCUUCAGUCAACCAAUCAGAUCGCUACAACAAAUUCAACCUCAUUCUCACUGCGUUGUCACGGAAACUGGAGCCCCUGCCCAAAACACAAACCUUAAUCUGACUUCGCCUGAGCAACAACUCAUACAGACACACUUUUUGGACUUCAGUAUUAUAGCAGGUGGAUCAGAAACCAGCUGUGAUGAGGGGAAGAAGAUAAACAAACCCUAACGAGCCAGAAAGCUGCAAUAAGUGAUCAGAGAACGAGCUGUUGUCAAUCUGAGGAAGAGGAUACGCAUCAAAAUCAAAUUUCACACACAGACUCAGCAGUCUGGCAGCUGCAAUCGCUCAGAAGCGGCUGAACCUUUUCACAGUAGUAUUAUUUCUCCAGACAAAUGCCAGUUUGGUUCCAGACUUUUCUCUUUUUUAACCAUUUAAUAUUUCACAACAUCGGUUAAAGGAGAAGUCUGUACCCCCCCCCCGGUCGCAAAAUUCAUUGAUGUUCUGGUGACAAACAUCCCCCAAAAAAGGUGAACUAUGCCGCUUGGUCACAUCUAAACUAGCAUUACCUUUUUAAAGGGAGCGACUGAUAUUUGUGUAAGAACAGAGCAGACUUAAAGGGAGACAGUUUGGAAAUGUUGCUCUUUUUUGUGAACAGGCACUUGUUUUAUUUAUAUUCUGACAUUCCAGUUAAUCGAGAGCAUAUUUCUUUGACAAAACUAAAGCAGAAAAAUAGCUCUGCAUCUUGUGACAAGUACAUUGAGAGUAAAAUGUCAGGAUAUUGCCCUUAAAUACAUUAAUGUACUCUUAAACUUUUAAAAAAGGAAGGGGAAACUUUCCUACAAAAUAAACGUCUGUGUAUGUCGUCUAGAUAGAAAUAAGUGUAUUUAACAGUUACAAUGAGAUUGCUGGCUGCAUUUAUCUCUGUGACCUUUUGAUUCAAAACCACCUUUGUUGCUUGUUUAAUAAGCAAUAAAACGUCAAACAGUUAAGAUAUAUACAGUAACAUGUAGAAAUAAAUGUAAUAUUAAUAGCAAGGUUCCUGAGGUGUUUUUCCCAAAAUAUCAGAUGACAAAGAUGAUCUACAGUAAAUCUUUUUUGCUGUUUACAUAGGAGCAGAAAAUUAAAUUUUGUAGUAGCAGUUCAAACUCAACUCUACAUGUGUAAAUGUAGCUACAAGUGUCUUUUUUCCAGGGAUUCCCUUGACAGAUGAAAAUAUUUUUGUUUCAGCAUAAACCUGAAUGAACGGAUUAAAAAAACGUUAGUAUGUUAACAUGUGAGACUAAAGUUGUACAUAUUUGAAAUAUUCACGUUAAUAAGACUGUACAUAUUUUCUGUAGAAGACUGUAAAAGAUGUUGAUGUUUAUAUUAUUAUGAACUACUGUGGUAAGAUUUAAUAAAUAUGGUGUACGAUCUGCAGAGUAA